UGGGCCGAAGUAUUGUAUUAGGGCGGCUGUAUGUGUACAGUACUCUAUAUGGGAUGAGGGUUACACUUGGAAAGUACUGUAACUUAAACGUUUGAACUACCAAAGGCGGCCUUUUCUCUCUCGGGUGCGGCAGAGCAAAAGUGCUGUGAAAGCGGAGUCAGGAUAGCCUGGCUGUUGUUACUAAAUGUCUUUGGGUCCCGCCUUCUCAUUGCCUGUCCGUUCCGGUUUGCUCUAGGCAAUGAUCUGAAGGCACAUGAAGCCACUACCUUGCUGAACCUAAGCAGGAUGGAGAGCACUGAGGACCUGGAAAGCAGACUCCUUCUGCAGCCCUGGACUUCAGUCUGCUUUGCUGAGUCCACAAAGUUGAUGGCCAAGGCUUGGUUUGGAGAUGCUGGCUAUGCCUUGCUCCUGUCUGACCUCACCAAUAUGUGGUAUGAAAAGGCAGAUACGGAGGUGAUACAACAGAGGUCAAAAGAACUAAAUAAACGUUUGACAGCUCGUGCAUCCUCCUUCCUGAACCACUUGUGCAGCCUGAUGUGUCCCCUUCUGGAAGGAGAAAAUAACAGUUCCACCUCCUUCUCCUGCCAGCUCAGCCCCAGCACACUGACUCUUCAUGUGAAGAGCGAGCUCUUGGGGCUGCCGUUUUACUGGGACUUUCAUUGUUCAGCAGCACCUGUUGAGAUGAUGUCCUGCCACCUCGUGCGGCCCCUGAUGGCGAUGAGCUUGGCGUUGCAGAGUCAGGUGCGGGAGCUGGCAUCCUUGCUACUCCAAAAGGAUGCUGAAAUUGAAGACUUCCGAGAGAGUGGGGCUGUUCUCAGUCGAGAGCGUCUAAAGACAGAACCUUUCAAGGAAGAAUCUUUCCUACAGACAUUUGAGGCUGAGAUUUUGCCCCAAGCCUGCUGCCUGGGAGAUGGAUACCUCUUCACUUCUAACUUAAAGCAGCUCUACAUGUCAGUGACCCAACAGCAGGCCAAGGCAGUUUGCAAACGGCACCGGGAAGGAGACUGUGAAAGCCCUGAACAUGCCAGCUCCCAGGACCAUGCCCAAGGGGCUGCGGAUUUGCCAACUGAAGAGGAUAAGAUAGCGUCCCAGUCAGCAGCUGUGCAGUGUGUGCAAGACACAGUGGUGAGAGGAGUGCACACAUGGGAAUGGGCCAGGGAAGGGUACCAGCCUCCCAAGCUCAGAAGGUUCAGUUGCCCAUUGCCAAGACAAAAAGGAAGAAGGCAAAAGGGCUAUUUGGCUGAUGCAGGUGACUUUUUCAUAGACUGACUUGAAAUGCUGCUGUUGUUUUGAACACCGUCCCUCUUCCUGAAACAUCUGUAAGGGAGCUCCUCCACGCCAGAGUACGCUAUGCUACUCUUCUUUUUUCCCUUGCCGUGUUUAAACAUGAUGCUUGGAGAAUGUCCCAUUCCACACCAUAGCUGUCUAGUAUCCUAUCCCUGCUUAUUCUCCCCCCUCCCCCACUUCUGCUGCCCUAGAAACCUGGAGAUGAUGCAGCCAAAGUAACAAGCAGAGAGGAAAGUGGGCACAGCUGGAACAGUGACAGGAAUCUAAAUGGUAAUAGUCACCUGGGCUUGUACACCUAUUCUGUCCAUAGAAUUUAUACCCCGUUUUGUUAAUAUGUGCGUAAUAAAAAUCUGGGCUAUAA